AAAAAAUACUCGGGCAGACGAUGAUCCCCCAAGUGACAGGCUGAUAAUGAAGCUGGAGCUGAGUGCAAGUAUUGCAAGUAUGAUAGCUGUAUGUGAGACUAGGAGGUGGUGAAGAGGGCAACCGCCUUUCUGCUCAAGAUAGUGAUGCUUCUGGCCACAAUGAGUCAUCUGGGAAGUUCAGCUAGAAUGUCAAGAAGGGAUUUAAUCUUUUUUGUACUAUACAGUGAAGUAGUUACUCAGUAAUAUGGAAUCUGGCUGAAAAUCUAUUCCGGUUGUUUUCAGCCAAAAAGGACAAUUUGGAAAAUGAAGUCUGAACCACCAGAAACUGUUUCCUUGGGCUGUGCUGCUCUACGUGAUAGAAAGCCUGGGUACUGGAAGAAAGAAUACCUCUUCAAACAAAUAGCUGCUGUCAAAAUGAGAGUAAGGCGACUUGUUAAACCUGUAGAUCCUUCUACAGGUCUUCCAUGUAAAAACAAAGAAGCUAUGAAAGCCUCUGGCUUGAGGUGGAGAAUUGUUCUAAAGGACAAAAAUGGAAAGGAACACGUAAUGGAGAAGGCAAACCUGUCGAUUAAGGACACAUCUGUUACUAUACUUUGGUAUAGUACAAAUUGGCCAUGCUUAGACAUCCUGUCAAGCCUGAAACUGUUUGGAGUUAUGCCAUUGCUUCCUGACCAAAGCAGAGCUCCCAGCAAGAAUGGAACAGUGAACAUCAGCCCCGGGACCAAGGGCACCGCGGGCAACGCGAGUACUGCGGGCACUACGUCGUUUGCCGCGCUGGUGGCGACGAGCUCUCCGUGCUUGCAGCUGCCACGUGUUGCUGGCAGCAAUGAAUUUGCUCCGCCUCCUCGUCCUGCUGGCCCUGUGCGGGCCUGCGCACGGCACGUGGGACACCUGUGGAGGGACCUGCGGGCUCCGGCCCAUGGCUUCUCAGCACGGCGUGUCGCGCGUCGUGGGUGGCACAGAUGCCCAGCCAGGGGCCUGGCCCUGGAUCGUCAGCAUCCAGGAUCCCUGGAAAACAGGCACGGGGCAUACAUGCGGAGGGUCCCUCAUCAGCCCACAGUGGGUCCUCACAGCAGCCCACUGCUUCAUUGAGGCCAGGCACAUCACCAUGUGGCGCGUGGUGGUCGGGGCCACCCGGUUGACUCAGCUGGGCCCUGAGGCCCAAGUGCGCCAUAUCAAGCGGCUACUGGUUCACGAGCACUACAGUAACAUCACGCAGAGGAACGACAUCGCCCUGCUGGAACUGGACCAGCCUGUGCAGUGCAGCUACUCCAUCCAGCUUGCCUGUGUGCCCGACGCCUCGCUGAGAGUGUCAGAGCUGACAACCUGCUACGCCAGCGGCUGGGGUUCCACGACUGCAAGAUGUGAGUUCCCAAAAAGAUCAACUGAUGUCCUGCAGGAGGCCAAGGUCCGCCUCAUUGAUGUCAACCUCUGUAACAGCAGCGGGUGGUACAGAGGGGCCAUCCACACCCACAACCUGUGUGCUGGCUACGCGCAGGGUGGCAUCGACACCUGCCAGGGCGACAGCGGUGGUCCUCUCGUCUGCAAAGAUAACAAUGCAGACUACUUCUGGCUCGUUGGAGUCACCAGCUGGGGGAAAGGCUGCGCGAGAGCAAGACGGCCCGGAGUCUACACCUCCACGCAGCACUUUUACGACUGGAUCCUGGCACAGAUGGGACUGCGCCCAGCAGUAUCGGCUACUCCAACGCCACAGCCAGGCUUCACCUCAAGCCCCUUUCAGAGGCCGAGACCCAUACCAACUCAGUUGGGCACGUUUACACCCUGCCCAUUUCCACUCCAGAGGCUGGUGCAAUUCUUUACUCGGGUGCAGGAGCUCCUGCAGUUCCUAAGGGGGACAAAGGCCUGAGCAGCAGGAUGGA